UGACGCUUGCAUUCUUCCGUUCUUCAUCAAUUAUUUCCUAAGUGACUACUCUUUCAUCUUAGAGGAUGUGCCUACGCUCGUGUUAGAGUAUUCAAUCUAUCUUGACAAUCAAAUGAAGUUGAAACAAACUUGUCAGUUUUCCUUUGAUUGUGCCUUGCCCAUUUGAAACGAGCGCCUAGCGCUCUUUCCAAAUUUUUUUUUUCUUUUUGCCAAAAGAUACCACUGAUAUUCAAAUGCUUUCCAUUCAUUGUCUAAGAUGCUCCAUUUUUCUUUCGAUUGCUUGUGCUCUUUUAGAAGAGUGCUUGCUUCGAUUCUUUGGCUAAGCACUGGUCACCCAGCUUGUCGUUAAUUUUCCUAAGACCCAAACUCAACGAGGUGUUUGGCGACUCGCUCCUUUGCCGAUGUGUCUGACCUUCAGUUGGGCGCCUGACAUUUUACUCCUUAGCGAGGUGCCUGACCUUCAGUGGGGUGCCUGGCGCCUCACUCCUUCGCUUAUGUCUUUGGUAAGCAUUUGUCACACAGCUUGUCGUUUGUUGCCUUAAGACCCAAAGUCCACGAGGUGCCUGGUGACUUGCUCAUUUGCCGAGGUGCCUGACCUGGCACCUCACUCCUUCAGCGAGGCGCCUGGCACAACACUCCGUCAGCGAGGUGCCUAACCUUUCAGCGGUGUACAUGGCGACUCGCUACUUUGUCGCGGUGUUUAACAUUUGAUAGGGUGCCUGACACCUCACUCCUUCGGUGAGGUGCCUGGCGACUCGCUCAUUUACAUAGGUGUCUGAUAUUCAGUUGAGCGCCUGUCACCUCACUCCUUCAGCAAGGCGCCUGACACCACACUCCUUCAGCGAGGUGCCUAACCUUGAGUGGGCGCCUGACACCUCACUCCUUCAGCCAGACGCCUAACCUUGAGUGGGGCGCCUGGCACCUCACUCCUUCAGCCAGGCGCCUUCCUAACCUUGAGUGGGGCACAUGGUGACUUUCUCAUUUGCCGAGGUGCCUGACCUUCAGUUGGGCGCCUGGCACCUCACUCCUUCAGCGAGGUGCCUAACUUUCAGCGGUGUACAUGGCGACUCCUUCAGCCAGGCCAGGCGCCUUCCGCCAGGCGCCUAACCUUGAGUGGGGCUCCUGGAACCUCACUCCUUCAGCCAGGCGCCUAACCUUGAGUGGGCACAUGGUGACUUGCUCAUUUUCCGAGGUGCCUGACCUUCAGUUGGGCACCUGGCACCUCACUCCUUCAGCGAGGCGCCUAGCACCACACUCCUUCAGCGAGGUGCCUAACCUUCAGUGGGGCGCCUGGCCCCUCUCUCCUUCAGCAAGGCGCCUAACCUUGAGUGGGGCACAUGGAGACGCUCCUUUGCCGAGGUGUCUGACCUUCGGUUGAGCGCCUAACACCUCACUCUUUUAGCGAGGUGUCUGACCUUCAGUGGGGCGCCUGGCUUCUCAUUCCUUCGUCUAUGUAUGAUACUAACAACUUAGAACCUUACUCUUGUAAGUCUAACAUUACUUGCUUUGGUUUAUUUGAGCGUACAGGCGCUUCAAUGACGCUUCAAUGAGGUGUCUGGCGACUCGCUCCUUUGUCGGGGUGCCUGACCUUUGGUAAGGCGCCUGACACCUCACUCCUUCAGCUAAGUGCUUGACCUUCAGUGGUAGGAUGUCUGGCACCCCCACUUCUUUGCUUGUUUUUUUCUUUGUCAAACUUGUUUUAAAACGAGGAUAGGCUAAUGGGUGAACGCCCAAUCACCCCUUGUGAGACUUUUUCAAUGUCAAGCUCUUCCACGCAUCGAGGUGCGUUUCGCCACUUUUUUCGGUCGGAGGCGCCACCUCCCUUUUUUUAGGCGCUUUGGUUUCUGAAACGGAUGAAGACAGAUCUGAUUUGGCUGCUCCGUUCCAAUUGGGGGCGCCUCCUUCCUUACUUUUCGCUAGGCGCCUUUGCUUCUUGUUAAACGGUAGAUACCUUUCGCCUUCUUUCUCCUAGGCGCUCCCCCCUUGAAGGCUCUCAUCGGCGCCUUUCGCUUUGACCAUUUCUGUCGGGAGCCUCACUCCGUAGAUUAGGUAUGUUUUAACUCGGCUAUUCGAAGGGGAACAUUCGCUCUUUCUUUUGUUUGAAACAGAGGCGCCUCCGAACGUCGGGCUCAAUCAUACUGCUAUGUAGUUUUCCGCUGAAGAUGCCGCCUGCUCUCCCCUGCUGGCAGGCGCCUCCCCUUCUUCCUUCUCUCGGCGCUUUUGUUUCUAACUGUUUCUGCUUCCUUUGCAAAAGUUACCUCUCUAUAAUUGUUAUUUGUUGGGAGUUUCCCCUUCCAGCUCGUUAGGUGCUUUUGAGACGCAUCAACAAGUAAGCGCCGCCCUUCGUUAUUGCUAGGCGUUUUUUCAAUUGAAGGCGCCGCCUUCUAGUUUUCUCAUCUUACUGCUUUUGCAGGUGUUACCGAGAGCUCCCCUCCGAUCCUUUAGGCGCUCUUGCCUACCAACAUAGGUAGGCUUUGCCCCUCGUAUUUUCGAACGCCAUUCCUUGGAUUUUGCUAAGCUCCUUACCUUGUUUAUCGCUCUAUGAUACUUGCACCUGUUUAUAAUGCAGGUUCAGCCUCAAGGCGUCUUAAGGCACCCGUUUUUCUUAUGCGUAGCCUCUUUGAAAAGAGGUGAUGCGUUUUGGUUUCUCCUCAACGGAGGAAGCGGGUCUGGGUGACCCCUUCUGACAAGGCAGGGAAUUUCGCGAAGGAUAUGGCCAAGGCACCACCUCUCAUGGGGACUCGUAAAACGAGCUCCCUACGCUCGGAUGAAGAUCCGGGCGUAAGCACUAAGGUUCUUCCGCUGGUUGCGGGUAAAAGGUUUUGCUAAGAUGACUAUCUUAAGCAAAACUUGAUUUUUCUUACGUGUACCCCUGAGAAGGAGGUGACACGCUUAGGCUUCUUCUCGACGGAGGAAGCGGGUCUGGGUAACCCCUUCUGGCAAGGCAGGAAUUUUGCGAGGGAUAUGGCCAAGGCGCCACCUCUCAUGGGGACUCGUAAAACGAGCGCCCGACGCUCGGAUGAAGAUCUGAGCGUAAGCACUAAGGCUCUUCCGCUGGUUGCGGGUAAAAGGUUUUGUUAAGAUGACUAUCUUAAGCAAAACUUGAUUUUUCUUACGUGUACCCCUGAGAAGGUGGUAACACGCUUAGGCUUCUCCUCGACGGAGGAAGCGGGUCUGGGUGACCCCUUCUGACAAGGCAGGAAUUUUGCGAGGGAUAUGGCCAAGGCGCCACCUCUCAUGGGGACUCGUAAAACGAGCGCCCGACGCUCGGAUGAAGAUCUGAGCGUAAGCACUACGGC